AUGGAGACCAGGACCAGCCGGAGACCGCGCAGCAGCGCCCAGCAACACUUACUGCUGGCGGUCGCUCUCAUAGCAUGCAGCUCGCAACUACUGGUGGACGCGAACUCCUGGUUGUCGUUAGCGAUGAACCCUAUCCAGAGACCGGAGAUGUACAUCAUCGGGGCCCAGCCUCUGUGCAGCCAGCUGACGGGACUCUCCCAGGGGCAGAGGAAGCUGUGCCAGCUCUACCAGGACCAUAUGGUCUACAUUGGCGAGGGAGCCAAGACGGGCAUCAAUGAAUGUCAAUACCAGUUCAGACAGCGGCGGUGGAACUGUAGCACCGUGGAUAAUGCAUCCGUGUUCGGACGCGUCAUGCAGAUAGGCAGUAGGGAGACAGCCUUCACCUAUGCCAUCAGUGCAGCAGGCGUGGUGAACGCGGUGAGCAGGGCGUGUCGGGAAGGAGAACUCUCCACCUGCGGAUGCAGCCGCGCCGCUCGACCCCGUGACCUACCGCGUGAUUGGCUGUGGGGUGGCUGUGGCGACAACGUCAACUAUGGCUACCGUUUCGCCCGGGAGUUUGUGGACGCGCGGGAGAGAGAAAAGAACUACCCUCGAGGCUCCAUAGAACACACUAGAACAUUGAUGAACCUACAGAACAACGAAGCAGGGAGACAGUCGGUGUAUAACCUGGCCAACGUGGCGUGUAAGUGUCAUGGCGUGUCCGGCUCCUGUAGCCUGAAGACGUGCUGGCUCCAGCUGGCAGACUUCCGCCGCGUCGGAGAGUUCCUGAAGGAGAAGUACGACAGCGCCGCCGCCAUGCGCAUCGGACGCAAAGGGAAACUGGAGCAGGUAGAUAAACGCUUCAACGUCCCGACCCCCGAGGAUCUGGUCUACACCGACCAGAGCCCAGACUACUGUCUGAAGAACGACACCACCGGCUCCAUGGGAACCCUGGGGAGACUCUGUAACAAGACGUCGGAGGGGAUGGAUGGCUGUGAACUCAUGUGUUGUGGGAGAGGAUACGACCAGUUCAAGACCUAUAAGCAUGAGAGAUGUCACUGCAAGUUCCACUGGUGUUGUUAUGUCAAGUGUAAGAGGUGCACUUCACUGGUGGAUCAGUUUGUCUGCAAGUAGCGAAGGAAGGGAGGGGGUCUGGACGAUGGGGAAGGGAG